AUGGCACAGCAACACAAUAAUAGGAAUAGUCCGCACUUAAAUCAUCUGCAACAAAACGGUUCGGCGCCUUCUUCUCCAUCAAUGUCGGGCUCUCAACAAGGUUCUCAACGACAACCAGUUAAUUACCCAAGUCCAACUUCCUACCCGUCGCCUUCUUUGUCAACUUCACAAUAUAAUUAUCCGCCACCAGGUAACCAAAACGAGCCGUAUCGUGCGAGUCCGACCGGAAGCAACGGUUCCCUUUCUCUUCCAAGUAUGCGUUCCUUAGAUCCUCUUCAGCAGCAGCAACAACAGCAGCAAGCCGCACAACAUCAGCACAUGGGAUCACCUUUACCUCCACCAGUUGCGCAAAUGGGCGGCCCGUACUACCAAAAUCAACUCCCUCAUCCAUCUCAUCAGCACCAAUAUCCAAAUGUUACAUCUGAUCCAAAUAUGCGAUACGCGCUUCCAGUAGAUUCUCGAGUCAUGAGCGGAGGUCGACACAAAAAGGAGAUCAAGCGUAGGACCAAGACGGGUUGUUUGACGUGCAGAAAGAGAAGAAUUAAGUGCGACGAACAACAUCCUGCCUGCCGAAACUGUCAAAAAUCAAAACGUGAAUGUUUAGGUUACGAUCCCAUCUUCAAACAACAACCAGGUCCUGCUGCCAUACAACCAGCACCUAGCUCUGCACCUUCGCAAUCUUCAUCGAUCGCGACCGCAAAUCCCUACGGAAACCAACCGCAGAUGCUCCAGAGUGGUUACGGUGUUCCAGCUUCAAUGGCAUAUGAUCCUGCUCUGACCGCACCCAGUGCUGGUCAACAUUAUGACUAUUCAUCUGCAAUCGAUCCAAAUUUGGAAGCUGCUGCUCCAAUCCCGAUUGUCAGCACGUUUCACAAUGCUCCUCCAGCCCAACGAUCUAUCGAUGAUUUGCUAACGUAUGGCAACCCCCCCGCACCCGCUGAUCAACCCGUGCAAGAUGUUUCGCAGAAUCCACAAUCACUCGAAGAAGCAAAGCAUCUCUACUACAGUAUCUAUUCUCCUGGUCUAGAGAGUUUUCUCGAAUCAAAAUGGUUUAGUGCCAAAGGUGCUGCCAAACUCAUGAGCGACAAGCCACUACUCGAAAAGUUUGGAACACUACUCCUCCAAUUCUCAAAAACCAUUGUGUCUGAUCCUAUCGCAAUCGCACACACCGCCAGUGUUGAGGCAAAGGUUGUCUGGGCUUUGGCCUGUAUGGUUAAGCUUGGUGCAGAGGAUGCGAAGGAGGCCAAGGUUGAAACAAAGAGCGCGCUCCCUGCCCAGGACGAUCCAAUCGAGGCGGAUCAUCGAUUGACAGUCUUUGAAUGUCUUUUGACGGGCAAAGUCGCUGAAAGUAACCAGCUCACUGCUCCUGUCCAAGGAAGUGGAGAUCACCACAGAUUGAGGGAAUUGGAAUUCUGGUACACUUUGGCAAACUUUGUCUGUCUUCGAGAAGAUGAUCCCAAUUGUGUCAAGGACGUUGAUGAAACUCUUGGUACCCUAAGGAAUCUCUUGGAUGGCCGAGAGAAUCGCGAUGUCUUGUACUCAAUUGCCAUUAUUCGAGCCAUGGGACAACGUGUUUCUGAGUAUACACCUAGCGACACUCCACUCCAUUUCGAUGAAAGUGACAACCGCAGUAAGCUUCUUGUGGCAAAGAAGUUUGUUCAGGAUGAAGCAAGUGGUUCCGGCACCACAAAUGUCAUCCGAAGAUUGUGUGAGCUUGCUACACGCACAUGGACUACUCCAGCACCUCUUGUACCUGCCCCCAAAUAA